AUGACAGCCAAGAACAGGCAGUGGACAACCAAGCAAGAUGGGCUGGACAACCUCGAGCUCGGCGAGACAGACAUCCCCGAGCCCAAAGACGGCGAGGUCCUCGUCAAAAUCAAAGCCGUGAGCCUCAACUACCGCGACACAGAAGUCUGCCAGGGAGAAUACACCCACCACAGCUCCCUCGACAACGGCCAGCCCCUCGUCCCCUGCUCAGACAUGGCCGGCGAGAUCGUCGCCUCCAAGUCCCCCCGCUGGGAGAAGACGGGCGCCCGCGUCCUCUCCAUCUUCAACCAGACCCACCUCACCGGCCAGAUCAAGGAGUCCGACCUCGCAUCGGGACUCGGCUUCCCCCUCCCGGGAGUCCUCGCCCAGUACCGCGUCUUCCCGGACUACGCCCUCGUGCCCAUCCCGGACUACCUGUCCGACGAGGAGGCCUGCACCCUCCCCAUCGCCGCCGUCACCGCCUGGACCAGCAUCAACGGCUUCCGGCCCCUCGGCCAGUACCUCGACCUCACAGGAUCCCAAGCCAAGGACGAGAAGAAACCGCCGCCCGUCCUCCUCGCCCAGGGCACAGGCGGCGUCUCCGUCGCCGCCCUCCAGAUCGCCCACGCCGCCGGCCUCGCCACCAUCGUCACCUCCUCCUCGGACGACAAGCUCGACCGCGCCCGGAAGGAGCUGGGCGCCGACACGGGCAUCAACUACCGCACCCACUGGGAGUGGCACGAGUUCGUCCUCGAGGCCACCGCGGGGACCGGGGCCGACUACAUCCUCGAGACGGGGGGGGCCGACACCCUCCGCCGCAGCUUCGCCUGCGUCGCCUUUGGCGGCACCAUCGCCUGCAUCGGCUAUUUAUCCGGGAAAGACGACGGCGAGAGCGAUGGCGGCCUGAACCGGCUCAAUGUCAACGUGCUCGCGCUGCGGCGCAACGUCACCCUGAAGGGGAUACUCAACGGGCCCAGGGACAGGUUCGAAGAGAUGCUCGGGUUCUACGAGAAGAAGGAGAUCCGGCCCGUGGUGGACAAGGUGUUCAAGUUUGAGGAGGCCAAGGAGGCGUUCAAGUAUCUCGCCAAGGGGGCGCACUUUGGCAAGGUGGUGAUCAAGGUGGCAGAUUAG